GCUGUAACUUUCAUUUCUGAAGCAUUUCACGAAAAACUACACGACUAAGAUGGCUCGUUUCAUUAUUCUUUUGUUGGCGGCAUUUGUUGUAAUAUCUAUCACGAAUGGACACCGAAUUUGUCCGUUCAAUGAAGAGUGGAACGACUGUGGAACUGCCUGCCCAUUAACUUGCGAUAAUCCUGAACCUAGACCUUGCACACUGCAAUGCGUUCAAGGCUGCCAAUGCAAAGAAGGUUUGGUGAGACAUAAUAAGUGGGGACUGUGCGUUCCUAAGAAGUGGUGCUACUUGUAGAGAUUAUUGAAUACUGUGCUACUCAAACUCGAUUUCCCUACAAAAUAAAUUUUGUUCAAUUAUUUUAUAUAUAUUACUUUUAUAAAUAUUGAAUAAAUAUUGCAACUAUA